AUAUUCGCUGCUGAAUUGGUGGCAGGAAAGCCUGUGAACAUGACCUGCUCCUUCAGCACCACGUGUGAUGGAACGGCCCCCACCUUAACCUGGGUCACCCCCGCUGAUGAACCACCGUCAGCCUCACACAGCGUAACUCAGCAGGGUGACACUCUGACAUAUACUUCUGUUCUGUCCCUGACCCCAGCGCUCAAACAUCACGGGCAAAACCUCACCUGCAGAGUCACAUACCCAACUGUGUCAUCGGAGCAGACCCUCACACUGACUGUGGAAUAUGCUCCACGAAAUCUCUCAAUCACUUCCCACCACGAUGCGAACAGUUCCCGGGUGAUUGUAAAGGAAGGAAACUUUGCAGCGAUCCUCUGCUCCGUCCAGAGUUUCCCAGCAUCUAACCUGACGUGGGUACAUCUCGGUGUCACGCUGAACACAACAUGUUCCAGCAACGAGCUGUGGAUGGAGUUCCCUCAGCUGACACGGCAGGAUGCUGGGGUCUAUCAGUGUGUGGCGGUGAAUGAACACGGGACAGCAGAGAGGGAUGUGACCCUCACUGUAGAAUGUGAGUAGACACACACUAACACAUCCCUCAAAAUGUCAUAUGUGAUAGAGGCAGAAUUAGAUAGUCGAAUGGCCAAGUCUACUC